UCGCAGGCAAAUCGCGACAGGAGCCCCCAAAAGUUGGUCUUAGUUCGUGCCGCAGCGCCUGUGCGCAGUACUCGGCUGUUCCAUGAUCGCUGACUCAUAACAACAAUUAUACAUGGCAUACAUGGCUCCCAUCCACAAGGCUGCACGCGAAGGGAAUGUUGCGGCGCUCCGCCGAAUCCUUGCAGGCGGGGUCUCGCCAGAUGUGCUCGAUGAUAAUCCGGGUGAACGGUGGUCGCCUUUGCUUCAUUUGCUCGAGCACCAUGACCGCGACGACAGCGAUACAAGUGAUCGCGUCGCCUGCUUCAAGCUCCUUCGGGACGCCGGGGCAAAUCUGGAAGCGAGAACCGGGGGACACCCACAAGCCAGUACUGUACUUCACUUUGCCGCUAAAGGGAGAACAACAAUUUUGUCGCUUCUACUCGAAGCGGGCGUGAAUGUCAAUGUGACGAACUCCGGUGGUUAUACACCGCUCCACUGGGCAGCGGCCGGCCACAUAGGAGUUAGGAGGUCCACCGAGUGCGUUGAGUUGCUCCUGAAAGCAGGCGCCGCCGUGAACGUGGCAACCACGUCAGGGGGCCCGCUUCUUCUUGGGGCUACGCCUUUUGCCGUCGCACUCCGUGAAGAAACGCUUCGCCACAUGUGGCCAGUAUUCUUGCGCGCCGGUGCUGAUAUCCCCACCAAUAACACGGACCCGUACAUCCAACGAGUCAAAAGCGCCGGCGGCUUCAAACGGUACGAGCAGGCCCACCUCGCGCGGCUCACGGCGAUCCUAGAGACGCCCCUGCUUCCGCCGGAGCUCGUCCGGAAGAUCCUCGAGUUCUGGCUCCACGCGGGCUACUACUAACUUUGUUCACA